AUGGUUGAAGGUGGUGUGGGAUGGGUGGUGGUGGUGGCAGAUUGUGUGGAGUGGGUGGUGGUGGGUGGAAGGCAGUGGGUCGUGGUGUCUGUUACGAAGAUAGGGAGAGACAAUAGGAGUCAUGGUUUUACCUUGAGAUCGUGUCCAAGGACGAGGGGUGCAAGAAAGGAUGAUGGGUAUAGUUUGAGAGUAGCCUCUUGGAAUGUAGGAACUUUAAAUAGUAAAUUGUUAGAGGUGAUAGAUGCACUUAAAAGACGUAGGAUACAGAUAGCGUGCCUUCAGGAGACUAGGUGGAGGGGGCAUAGAGGGGAUGAGCGCAAUGGGUAUAAAUUGUUGUAUUCGGGAACUGAUGGGGUCAAAAAUGGAGUAGGAUUUCUAGUGGAUAUAGAAUUGCACAAGAAUAUGAUUGAGGUGAUACGGCACAAUGAUAGGAUUAUGGUGUUAAGGUUAGUACUAGGUAAAGAGCUAGUGGCAGUAGUUUGUGCUUACGCACCACAAGUAGGAUUAGGGGAUCAAGAGAAGAGAGAGUUUUGGGACUGUUUAGACGCUGUAGUGGGAGCCAUACCUAGGGAGGAGAGGAUUGUUAUAGGGGGUGAUUUUAAUGGUCACAUUGGUAAGGAUAGUGAUGGUUUUCCAUCGGUACAUGGGGGUUUUGGUUUUGGUGAUAGGAAUGAGCCUGGCAAGGAUCUCCUAGAGUUUGUGGUGGCCCAUGAUUUAGGUAUCUUGAACUCAUUCUUUAGGAAGAGGGAAUCACAUUUAAUCACUUUUAGUAGUGGGGCACAUAACACGCAGGUAGAUUAUAUCUUGAUGAGGCGAGGUGACCGAAGAUGGUGGAUGGACUGCAAGGUUAUACCAGGGGAGCAAGUAGUGGCUCAACAUCGUUUACUGGUUGCAGAUAUAGUCCUAAAACAUAAGCUUACAAACACGAAGAUGUAUAUUCGACCUAGGAUACGAUGA